AUGGAGGCGGGCGGAUUGGCCGACUCGCUUCUUUCCGGAGCUUGCGUGCUCUUCACCCUCGGCAUGUUCUCCACCGGCCUCUCGGACCUCAAGCACAUGCGGAUGACCCGGAGUGUGGACAGUGUCCAGUUCCUGCCCUUUCUCACCACGGAUGUCAAUAACCUGAGCUGGCUGAGUUAUGGGGCCCUGAAGGGAAACUGGACGCUAAUCGUCGUCAACGCCGUGGGUGCUGUGCUUCAGACCCUGUAUAUCUUGGUGUAUCUGCACUACUGCCAUCGGAAGCAUGCUGUGCUCCUUCAGACUGCAACCCUGCUGGGGGUCCUUGUCCUGGGUUUUGGCUACUUUUGGCUCCUGGUGCCCGACACUGAGACCCGGCUUCAGCAGCUGGGCCUCUUCUGCAGUGUCUUCACCAUCAGUAUGUACCUCUCACCACUAGCUGACUUGGCCAAGGUCAUUCGUACUAAAUCGACCCAACGUCUCUCCUUUUCACUCACCAUUGCCACCCUCCUCACCUCUGCCUCCUGGACAUUCUAUGGGUUUCGAUUAAAAGAUCCCUACAUUGUGGUGCCCAACCUUCCAGGAAUCCUCACGAGCUUCAUUCGCUUCUGGCUUUUCUGGAAAUACCCCCAGGAGCAAGACAGGAACUAUCAACUUCUACAAACCUGAGGGAGUUCACCUGACCACUGGGCACCUUAAUGCCAACCUACUACCAAAGAAACCUUGUUUCAUAUCUUCCUGCUGGUCACCUCCACUGGUGAAGUGCGUUGUGGUAAAGGAAAAGAACUGCUUUGAGAAUCCAGGGACUAAAGAAAGGGCUUUACUUAGAAGACUGGAUGGAACCUGGGAGAUGAAUCACUUUUUUUUUUUUUUCAAGAUUUUAUUUUUUAAUUUGGGAGGUCGGGGGAAAUCUUUAGAAUGUGCCUUAAAA